CAGCGGCGGCUGCGGCGGCGGCGGCGGCAGCGGCGGCUGCAGAUGUGGAUGCGGAGACCAGCCGGGGCUCCGAAGGCAACCCAGACUUUCCUAUGGCCUCGCUGUACGUGGGCGACCUGCAUCCUGAAGUGACAGAGGCAAUGCUGUAUGAGAAGUUCAGCCCGGCCGGGCCCAUCCUGUCCAUCCGCAUUUGCAGGGACAAGAUCACCCGCCGCUCGUUGGGCUACGCGUACGUCAACUACCAGCAACCGGUGGAUGCCAAGCGGGCCCUGGAAACCCUGAACUUUGAUGUGAUCAAGGGCAGGCCCGUGCGCAUCAUGUGGUCCCAGCGGGACCCCUCGCUCCGCAAGAGUGGGGUGGGCAACGUCUUCAUCAAGAACCUGGGCAAGACCAUCGACAACAAGGCGCUGUACAACAUCUUCUCGGCGUUUGGCAACAUCCUGUCCUGCAAAGUGGCCUGCGACGAAAAGGGGCCCAAGGGCUACGGGUUUGUGCACUUCCAGAAGCAGGAGUCCGCAGAGCGAGCCAUUGAUGCGAUGAAUGGCAUGUUCCUGAACUACCGCAAAAUUUUCGUUGGGAGAUUCAAGUCGCAUAAAGAACGAGAGGCCGAAAGGGGAGCCUGGGCCAGGCAGUCCACCAGUGCUGACGUCAAAGAUUUCGAGGAAGACACGGAUGAGGAGGCCACCUUGCGAUGAAGACAUGCCAGGGACGAGCCAGCCAGCAGAGCCAAACCUUGGCUCCCACCCGGUUUACAACCACCCUCUUUGCCCCUCUAACCCACCAGCAGUGUAUUGUAUUGUACUGGGAGUGCAGGUCUCUCUUUAUCUCUCUCUCUCUCUCUCUCUCUCUCUCUCUCUCUCUCUCUCUCCUCUCUCUCCUCUCACCCUCCCUCCCUCCUUCCUUUCCCUCGAUCUCUCCCCCCCUUCCUCUCUCUCCCUCUCUCCUUCUCCCUCUCUCCCACCAGCAAUGUAUUGUAUUGUACUGGGAGUGCAGGUCUCUCUUUAUCUCUCUCUCUCUGUCUCUCUCUCUAUCUCUCUCUCUCUCCUCUCACCCUCCCUCCCUCCUUCCUUUCCCUCGAUCUCUCCCCCCCUUCCUCUCUCUCCCUCUCUCCUUCUCCCUCUCUCCCUCUCACCUUUCCUACCCUCUUCCUCCUCCACCUCCUCCCCUCUUCCUCUCUUCUGCUUUCCCCCAUUCCCCCCCCCCCCACCAAGGGCGUUGCGAAUAAUCUUGCUAAUCUGUGCCACUUGAUAGAUUACAGGCUGCCUCUUCUCCUUGUGGUUUGGUUUAAAAAGCACCUUCAUGCUUGCUUCCUUCACUACACAGGUGACACAAUUUCAUGGUGGAAACAUCAGAAAGGAAAAGGAGAUCAGAUGAGGGAAAGCCAAGAGAGUAAUUGUUCCCAGUGAUCCUACUACCCAGAGACAGCCACUUCUUGGUGUGCUGUUUUUACAGGCUCUCUUCUCUUCUUCUCUCUCCCUCCCUUCCUCACUCCCACCCCACCUUCCCUUUUAACACACCAUUAUAGAAUGGUUCCUAUGUGUGGUGUUUCUUAACCUGCUUCUUCAGAAACUAAAACCAAACAAAAAUCAACCCAUUGAACUUCUUUCCAUGCUAUUCAACAGGCUUCAGAAAUGUCAUCUUCAGUGCCUGCAGAGUGUAUAGAUGGAUCUUUAACAUUUCUGUAAUCAAUCCCACAUUAUUGGACAUUCAGUUGGUGCCCAGUUCUUUCCUUGUGUUUAAACCCAACAUUGCAUACUCUGAUGAAUGAAUCCUUCCUUGUCAAGCCAAAUCUUCGCUAGCCUACCGGAUGGUCUUCUUAAUUGUCGACUUGCAGGAUCCACAAUAGGAUAUUUUAAAGACUUUUCCCGUGUGUUGCCAAAUGGCCCCUUCAUAAGCAUUGUACUGAUUUGCGUUCAUGCCAGCCAGCACAGCUAGUAAAACGAGUGUGUCCAUUUCCCCUGCAUAGUCUCCUGGUCACUGUAAUUGAUGUGUGUGCGCGUCUGUGUGUGCACGCGCGGGUGCGUGCAUGUGCGUGUCUUGGCCAGCUCGAUGGGCUGCAAAUGGCACUUCCCUGUUUGGGGUUGUAAAUGCUCUUUCCCUGUGCCCACUUGCUGCCCUUUUCCCCAUUGUCAGAAAAAUCAUUCAGCUUCAUUGCAGACAAAAAUAACAAAGCAGACAAGUUAACAGAAGAAAUUUAAUGUCCCUACUAAUCAAUCCUAAUCAACACGCCUACAUUCCUAAAUCAUUUUCAUAUGCACUUGCCCAGUAUUUUUCAUGUGAUAUAUAUGUGAAUUUUAAUGUAUAUACUGUUUCAAUAUCUGCUUUUUCAUACAUGAAUAUAUAUUAUAGAUAGAUAUAGAUGUAUAGAUAUUCUUGAAGUUCCUUUCAUGUCAUUAAAUAUUCUUUUAUAAUAGUUUUGUGACUCUUUAGUGUUCCAGUGGUGGGGCUUGAUAGAGGAAUAGAUAGAUAUAGGUAUUCAUCUCUAUACAUGUUUAGAUAUAGAUAUGGGGGUAUAUUUCACAGCUUUCUCAUUGUUGCACAUUUGGUUGUGAACAUCGGUUUUUCUAAUCCAAACCCUAGCUGCUAAUUAUACAUAGUACACAAACCUUGCUUACAUUCAAUAUUAUUUUCUGAACAAACAUUUGUGAGAGCAAAUUUAGGAUCAAAGGACAUGGAAGGUUUGAAAUCUUUUUCUUCUCUUUUGGGGAGUUUCUUUUUAAAUGACUAUCCACAAAAAUGGUAUCAACUUACCCUAAGUACACAAAUAAUGUGAGAGAAUGGAAACCUUGACAGUUGUUUAGGCUUGCUAUUGCAGUUAUGCAGUUAUUUCUGUAGUUUUCCAAUAUUUUAUCAGGGGUACUGUUCCUAUUUUUGUUUUUAUCUACCUUACACAUUUAUUUUUAUACAAAUAACAUGGUAUCAUAAUAGAAACUUUAAAAAAUUGAGUAUGCCGAUAGUAAAAAUCAUUCUUAAUUCUACCCCUUGAGAAAAAAACUUUGGAACACAUGAAACAUGUACAUAGAUAAUACCUUCAAAAAUGUAAUAUGUAUUGUUUCAUUAUGGAAUACUUUCACUAUAAUUAGUCUUUCAUAUCAUCUUUCCAAAUUAUUAAAAAUUAUUCUUUAACUCUGUUUUUACUUUAUGUUUCAUUAUAUGGUUGAGCUACUAUUUCUAAAAUUCAGUCCCUUCAUAUGUUUAAAUUGUUCUAGUUUUUCCCUAGUAAGAUUAACUCCACAAGUAACACAUUUUUAGGUGAAUAUUUGUGACACAUGCAGAGAUUUAAUUGCCUUAUAUACAUUGCCAGUCCAUUGCCAAAUGCUUCUUCAUAAAGUUUAUGUCCAUUAAUUGUGUCAGAAAAUGUAUAUUUCCCGGCUCAUCUUCUUCAGUUAGCAUUAUUUUAAGUUAUGAGAAAUCGGUUAAGCUUGCGCAUUUUUGUUUUAUUAUUUCAUCUUAUAGAUGUAUUGCUUGAAAAAAAUACACAUUAAAUAUAUACAACACCUUCUUUUAAGAGAGAAUUUUUGCCUAUUUAUCCGUAAUAUUUAAAUAUAAGAUCACACUGAAUGUAUUCUUUCGAUUUUUACAAUACAUUGCAAAUAUAACUAAAA